AUGAGUUGGAAAGGCUUCACCAAAAGCGUCACCCGCGCUCCCCAGCAGUUCAAGCAAAGGUUCAACAUGGGUGAAAUCACAAAGGAUCCUGUCUACGUCGAUGCCGAGCUGCGUUUCGCCGAGCUCGAGACCGAGACCAAGCGUUUGCACGACGAGUCGGAGAAGUACUUCAAGUCCAUCAAUGGCAUGCUCGACCACCAGAUCGAAUUCUCCAAAGCUUGCGCCGACUUGUACAAGCCCAUUUCUGGCCGUGCUUCGGAUCCCAAUUCUUACGUCGUCGAUGGCAAUCCCGAGGGUAUCCGCGCCUGUGAGGAAUACGAGGCCAUUGUCAAGGACCUCAAGCAAUCACUACAGCCUGAAUUAGAGAUGAUCGAAUCGCGCAUUGUCAAGCCGGCCGACGAGCUUCUCGAGAUCAUCAAGCAGGUCCGCAAAUCUGCCGUCAAGCGCGACCACAAGCAACUCGACUACGACCGUCACCGAGCCACGCUUAAGAAGCUGCAAGACAAGAAAGACAAGACUCUCAAAGACGAGAAGGCUCUGUACAAGGCUGAGAAUGAGGUCGAGGUGUCGACUCAGGACUACAACUACUUCAACGACCUGCUCAAGACGGAGCUGCCCGAGCUAUUCCGCCUGGAGCGCGAGUUCAUUCUUCCCCUGUUCCAAUCCUUCUACUACAUGCAGUUGAACGUCUUUUACACGUUGCACGAGCGCAUGCAAAGCAUCGAUAUCGGUUAUUUCAACUUGACUCUGGACAUUGAGGCCGCGUUUGAAGAGAAGCGUGGGGAGAUCCAACAACAGGCCGAAGCCUUGACAAUUGUGCACUUCAAGACCAAGGGUCUGGGUCGACCUGCGGGCAGCAAGUAUGGAAGACUUGCAAUCGAAGGCAAGGCCAAGCCUAAACCUCCUGGUCUUGCAUCAUCUACCGCACAGCUGUCGAUCACGGACGGCGAUGCGACCUCACCUCCUCCUUACUCGGCCGCUGGAGCAACAACCGGUGCAACUGGUGGACUCGCGCGCAUGUCGUCGAUCGCAAAGAGCAAGCCUCCACCACCGAAGCCCAAGCCUUCGCGAUUCAGCGAAGUGCCGCAAGCCGAAACGUGUACGGCAUUGUACGACUACGAAGCUCAAGCAGAAGGCGACCUUAGUUUCAGCGCCGGUGAGACGAUCGAAGUUGUGCAACGCACGGCGAAUGAGAACGAGUGGUGGAUUGGCAAGAUCGGCGCAAGACAAGGACAAUUCCCUGGCAACUAUGUGCAGCUCAACUCGUAG